AUGACCACGUCAGAUCUUGAUCAGCUCAUUGAAAUGGGCUUCGACAAGGAGCGAGCCGAGAUGGCCGUCUCCAAGACAGGAGGCCUGCAAGGCGCUCUCGAAUGGCUCGAAGCCAACCAAGAUAAAUCUCUCGAAGAAAUUAAGGCGGCCGAAUCACGUUCAGAAGAGACACAGGAGGGACCUCCGCUCAAAGAGGGUGAACAGCCUCGAAGUCUCGUUUGCAACGAGUGCGGAAAGAAAUUCAGGAGCCAAGCACAGGCUGAAUUCCAUGCAUCCAAGACAGAGCAUGUCGAUUUUUCGGAAUCAACGGAAGAGAUUGCUCCCCUAACGGAGGAGGAGAAAAAGGCGAAACUGGCAGAAUUACGGGAGAAACUCGCGGCGAAACGAGCAAUGCAAUCGGAGCAAAACAAGCUGAACCAGAAGAGAAACGAGGAAAUCCGGCGGAAGAGCACCAAGGAGGCUCAAGACAUCAGAGAAGAACUACAGAAGAAGGAGCUGAUGAGGGAGGCAGCCAAGAAACGGAAAGAGAAGCAAGAAGAACUCGAAGCGAAGCAGAAAAUCAGGGCCAAGAUAGCUGCAGACAAAGAAGAGCGGAGACUGAAAGCCGAAAGAGAGAAGGCUGAGCGGGCAGGCCAGGCUCCCCCACCGCAACCAGCAGCACCCGCUCCAACGACGUCUGGACCGGUGACAUCCAAACCUGCAUCCGCCUACACAGAAACUCGCCUGCGGUUCCAGACGUCCAAAGGAAACAUUAUGAAGACCUUCCCCGUGGAUACAACCCUUUUCGAGGUUGCCGCCGCCCUCAACAAGGACGAAGGAUUGGAAGUUCAGAGUUUCACACAAAAUUUCCCGAAAAAGAUCUUCGACGCCGAAUAUUUCGGUGAAACAUUGAAGGAGCUUGGUCUGGUGCCUAGCGCCAGUCUUAUUGUGAAAUAA